AUGUCGUACGGAGGCGCCGAGACUCUGCUCAAAAUGUUGAAUGUUGCAUUCAGCAGGGGCUCCCUUGGAGUCGAGGCUAAUAACACAGUUUGGAAGCCAGAUUCGUGCCAAGAGUGCCGCUGCCGUAGCAAUGUCAUCACCUGUGAGCCUACAGUCUGCAGACGCCCCCAGUGUGACUUCCAGAAGGGAGAAGUGCUUCAAAUAGCCCCCAACAAGUGCUGCCCUGAUUGUGCCUCAAGAGCUGAAGGAUUUUGCCAGCAUGAAGGACAGAUCCACAGCCACGGCACACAGUGGGCCAGCUCUGGAUGUGUCCUGUGCUCCUGUGCCCACGGGAAGGUGAACUGCACCCACACGGGCUGCCCAGCCCUGGCUUGUGGAAGAGGGGAGCUGCAGUACACUGCUCAGGGAGCCUGCUGUCCCACCUGUGUGGGCCUUGGCGAGCCCUGCUACUUUGAUGGCCGCUUGUUCCGGGAUGGUGAGGACUGGCGCCUCGGUCAGUGCUCCAAAUGUGUCUGCAGGGACGGCGUGACUCAGUGCUUCACAGCUUCCUGCCAGCCUGUGCUGUGCAACCAGGAUGAAGCUAUGGUUAUGUCUCCUGGAAAAUGUUGCCCAGAAUGUGUUCCAAAGCCCUGCUCGGUGUCAGGAAGAGUGUACCAGCACGGUGAACAGUGGAAAAAAAAUGCCUGCACUGCAUGUGCUUGUCACAGAGGAGAAGUCAGAUGUCUGAGAGAGACCUGUGACUCUAUUACGUGUCAGAAGGGGGAGAACAAAGUGCAGCGUUCUGGAAGGUGCUGUGAGGAGUGUGUGUCUUCCAAGGGAAGCUGUUUGUAUGACGGCACAAUCAGGUACCACAGGGAGAUGUGGAAUAUUACUCGCUGUGACUUCUGCCUGUGUGAUGAAGGUCAAGUCACUUGUCACGAAGCAGAGUGUGCUAAAGUGGAGUGUGCCAAGGGUGAAGAAUUAAUUCACUUAGAUGGGAAGUGCUGUCCUGAAUGUAUUUCGAGUAAUAGUUAUUGUGUUUACAAAGAACAUAGAAAAGCUAGCGGAGAGAAAUGGAAGGAAGGGCCGUGCAGCGAGUGCGAGUGCCGGGACGCGGAGGUGAUCUGCUUGCAGCGCUCCUGCCCGCCCUGCCCGCCGGGCAGCCUGCCUGCCGGGCUGGAGGGCGACUGCUGCCCGCGCUGCCAGCCAGCUGAGUGCCACCCGGACUGUUUGACCUGCUCUCACUCCUUUGAUCACUGCAACGCCUGCCAUGAUCCAAGGAAGCAGCUGCAGAAUGGGCGCUGUGUGGAGACCUGUGCACCGGGCUUCUACCAGGACGGGGGCACUUGCUUAGCCUGCAAUGAAACAUGCUCAGCCUGCAGCAAUGGAUUUGAGUGCUCCUCGUGCCGGACAUCCCUGCUAAUGAAGAAUGGGCAGUGUGUGACCUCGUGUGGGAAGGGGUACUUCCAGGAUCAGUUUCUGUGUGCAGCUUGUCACGAGUCCUGUUCCUCGUGCUGGGGACCUGCUGCCAACAAUUGUUUGUCCUGCAAAGACACGUCACACAUGCUAAAAGCAGGGCUCUGCGUGGCCAGCUGUGGACAGGGAUUUUAUCUGAAGGAUGGAAUCUGUAGUGUUUGCGACCAGGCCUGUGAAACAUGCUAUUCAGACCAACCCGAGUGUUUAACCUGUGCUUCAGAUAAGCUGUUACACAAUGGGAAAUGCAUUUCAGAGUGCCCAGAUGGGUAUUUCCCAGGCAGCCUUGGAAGAUGCAGAGCUUGUCACGAUUCGUGCUCCACCUGUGAGGGACCUCUGGCCACGCACUGUACCUCCUGUUCCCUUCCUCUGGCAUUGCGCCAGGGCCAGUGCCUGCGAGACUGUGGAGAGGGUUUUUAUCAGGAUCACGACGUCUGCAGGGGUUGCCACCCAUCCUGCCGCACCUGCCUGGGCCCGGCGCCCUCGCAGUGCCUGCGGUGCUGGGCACCAGAGGAGGUGCUGCAGCCUCACCAGCCUGCAGAAGGAGCCGUGCAUGGACUUUGCCUCUCUCGCUGCCAAGCCCGGUUCUACCUGGAUGUCAUGGGAGUCUGCAAACAGUGCCACUCCUCCUGUGCAGGCUGCAUGGGGAACACUUCCCAGGACUGUACGUCGUGCCUGUCUUCCCACGUCCUGCUGGAAGGCAGGUGCCUCUCUGAGUGCCCAGAGGGGCUGUUCAGCCACGAAGAUCACUGCUCCCCCUGUCACCCAUCAUGCAAGACAUGCCGCGGCCCUUCUGAGUCGGAGUGCUUAACCUGCCAUCCCCAUGCAGCUCUGGCUGGUGGAAGGUGCAGGACUAGCUGCAAGGAAGAGCAGUAUCUCAACAUGGUGGGAUAUUGUGUGGACUGCCAUCCUUUGUGCCGUCACUGCGUGGCCAACCUGUGGGACACCGGCAGCAUCUGUGUGAAGUGCCAGAACACCCGUCACUUGCUCCUGCGGGACCACUGCCUUCCUGACUGCCCGGGGGGAUACUACGCGGAGAGUGGUGCCUGCAAAAGGUGUCACCCCUCGUGUAAAACCUGCAGAGGCGGGGGCCCUUUUUCCUGCUCUUCCUGCAACACCAGCCUGGUUCUGUCCCACACCAACAUGUGUGUUCCUGCCUGUUCCCCAGGAUACUACAGGGAUGAGAGCCACACCUGCAAACCUUGCAAUAGCCAGUGCCUGAACUGUGAGUCAGCUGCAGGCUGUACGUCUUGCAGAGAUCCAGCUAAGGUCCUGUUAUUUGGAGAAUGCCAGUAUGAGAGCUGUGCUCAGCAGUAUUAUCUGGAUUUUUCCACCAAGACUUGCAGAGAGUGUGACUGGAGCUGCAAUGCUUGUAAAGGCCCCCGGAGGACCGACUGCCUGCAGUGUAUGGAGGGCUACGUUCUUCAUGAAGGAGCUUGUGUGGAACAGUGCCCUGCAGCUUUCUACAAGGAAUCAGACACAUGUCAGAGGUGUGAUCAACACUGCCUUCAGUGUCGCCAACCAAACGAGUGCAGUCUUUGUGAAGCCCCGUUUUUCCUCUUGGACGCUCAGUGCGUUCACAGAUGUGGGAAGGGGUACUAUGCAGACCAGGCACAGCGAAAAUGCACAGCUUGUCCUCCUGGUUGCUUGGACUGUGAAAGUGAUGGCCUGUGCCACCUCUGUGACAGCACCACCUUUCUGAAGAACAAGAUUUGCGUUCCUGCCUGUGGUCAGGGAUUUUUUGGCGACAAGUGGACCAGAGAGUGUGAAGCCAGCAAGCAUCCUUCAAGCUUUCAUGUGAACAGUACCUUCACAGUAGGGAUUGGCAGGGUAAAACCCCUAGACCUCUCUUUAUUGGGCGUGCAUGAUCUGGAUGGUGAUGCAGGAGAGCUCUUGUUCCGUAUCGACAGCACUCCCUCCAACGGCAGGCUAGUGAUGCUGGUGAAUGGGAAAGAAGCGCAGCUGAGCAAAGGCGACCACUUCAGCUUCAAGGAUGUAAAGGAGAAUAGAGUCCGCUUUGUGCACAGCAAAGAGAAAUCCAGGAAAGGACAAUUUUCCUUGAAGGUCAGCAAUCAACAGUUCUUCUCCCAUCCUUUGGUGGUCAACAUUCAAGCAUUUUCAACACAGGCCCCGUACGUGCUGAGAAAUGAGGCUCUCCUUGUCCGCAGAGGGGAGAUUGGAACCAUAACAGACCUGUUGCUUGGUGUGAGAGAUGAUGACAAUCCUCAGGAUGUCGUGCUGAUGGUUUUAGAGCCUCCACGUCACGGGCAGCUGAUCAAACCUUCUGGGAAGUCAGAUUCUGCAAUUCACGUAUUUCACCUUGAUGACCUUGCUGGUGGACUGCUCCGCUAUGCUCACGAUGGCUCUGACAGCCAAGAUGAUGCAGUUCUUUUCCAAGUGAAUGAUGGGUACCACUUCCAGAACAUCCUGUUCCUCAUUAAGAUUGCUCCCAAGAGUGACAGAAGCCCUCGGCUGGUGACAAAUUCCCUGGUCUGGGUGCCCCAGGGAGGCAUGCUGCAGAUCUCCAAGACGAUUCUGCAUGCUGAGGUACCCGGUGCCCGUGACUCCGAGAUAACUUUCAACAUCAUCAAGGACCAGCCAAGACACGGUGAAGUGGUGCUUCUGGUCCCAAUGCCAGCAGAUGGCCCAGCAGACUCCUGGCAGCUUUUGCCUGAUGGAAGAGCAGCCUCUCCUACAACUUCUUUUACCCAGCAGGACAUCAACGAAGGCAUUGUGUGGUACAGGCACUCUGGAACCCAAGUAGAGAGUGACUCCUUCCAGUUCCAGGUGUCCAGCUCUGCCAGUCCACAAGCCAGCUUGGAAAGCCACGUCUUCAAUGUUGCUGUUCUCCCGCAGACACCCAGAGCUCCUCAGCUUUCCCUUGGCUCCUCUUUGCACAUGGCUGUGCUGGAGGACCGUGUGACAGUGAUUGAGCCCCAUCACCUCUCCUUUGUAGACCCGGAGAUUCCCAGUGAAAAAAUCCUGUUCAACGUGACUGUCCCUCUCCUUCCUGGACAAGGCAUUGUGGAGCACAGAGACAGGCCUCUCUCCCCAGUCAGGUAUUUCACUCAGGCAGAUAUAAACCGUGGCAAGAUUGCUUAUCGUCCACCGACUGCAGCUCCGCACUUGAGAGAGAUCAUUGCGUUCUCAUUUGCAGGUCUUCCAGAGUCAGUGAACUUCCGAUUCACAGUGUCUGAUGGAGAACGCACGACCCCGGAGAUGGUGUUUGUCAUUCAUUUGGUCUCUGCAGAGCAGCAGCCUCCAGUCUUCCAGAUCACAGCUCCGUUCCUGGAGGUCAGCCAGGGGGGCAAGGCCACCAUCGGGAUCCAGUUGGCUGUGAGCGACACAGAUACAGCUCCUGAGGGGCUCUUCUUUGAGCUGGUGAAGCCUCCCCGUCAUGGCAUUGUGCUCAAGCAGGGCACAGGUGUGCAGGAGCACAUGGGAGCAGGCGACACCUUCACCUACGAGGACGUCACUCGAAAUGCUCUGCAGUACGUGCACGAUGGUUCGUCGGCAGCAGAGGACAGCAUGGAAAUCUCUGUCACCGAUGGUGUCACCACAGUGACCACAGUGCUGCGGGUGGAAGUGUCCCUGCCGGAUAACAACGGCCCGCAGCUGGCCCCGGGCUGCUUGUUGGCAAUCACCGUGGCUAGCAAAAGCACUGUGACUCUCUCUCGAUUGCACCUUGCUUAUGUUGACAGCAAUUCUCCUGACUCAGCGAUAAGAAUCCAGUUAAUAUCUCUGCCCACAUAUGGCACCCUCUUACAGACAUCUGGCUCUCAUGAUGAAGAGCUUUCUAAGGUUUAUAAUUUCACCAUGGAAGACAUCAACAACCAGAGGAUCAGCUACUCCACCGUAUUUGAGACCAGCAGUCAGCCAGUUACGGACACCUUCCACUUCACUGUUUUUGAUGCUGACAAUAACCGGCUUGACAGGCAGAUGUUUACCAUCACUAUCACCUCUGCCCAGACGGUGCCGUCGCUCAUUGCCUUUGCUGACCAUAUCACUGUGGAUGAGGGAGGCAGGGUCCCGCUGCUGGCUCAUCACCACUUAGCUGCUGAUUAUGAUACUGCUGCCAAGGAAGACCUGAGGGUCACGGUUAUCACUCUGCCCAUGUAUGGCUACAUUGAAAACACUAAGACAGGUGAGAGUUUCGGACCGCAGGGUGCUGUGACCACAGAUGCGUCCUUUUCCAUUCAAGACGUUCUAGAGAGCAGCAUUUACUACUUCCAGAGCGUCCAUGAAAGCAUCGAGCCGACAAGCGACGUUUUCAGCUUCUACGUGAGCGAUGGCUUCAGCCAGUCUGAAGUGCACAGCAUUAACAUCACCAUCCAGCGGCAGAACGAUGAGCCCCCAAAGAUGGUGCUGGAGCCUGUCAGAGUGCACGAGAGCUCGAGUGUGGUUGUUACCAACGCCUCCCUCAACCUGCAGGACUUGGACACCCAGAACAGUGAGCUUGUCAUCGUGGUUACCAAGAGUCCUGACCAUGGUCAUCUUCGCAGGAGGGAGGCUGCUGCAGAGCCCCCAGAGCACGGACAUGUGCUGUCUCUGGGCUCGUCCUUCACCUACCAGGACAUUCUGGAUGAGCUGAUCGUUUAUACUCAGAGCGGUGCAGCAGCACAGACAGACGAGUUUGGCUUCUCCAUCACGGAUGGUCUCUACACACAGACGGGGAGGCUGCAGUUCUCCAUGGAGCUGCCAAAGCAGCCGCUGCCCACACUGGCUGUCAACAGGGGCCUGCAGCUCCCUGCUGGCUCUGCAGCACACCUCACAGCUCAGCACUUGAAAGCAGCAGCUAUUUAUCCAGAUGACACGAUGAUCAGAUUUGUCAUGAAGAAGGACCCCAGCGUUGGCCGUCUGCAGCUGACUAAUAUUGAUAAUCCAGUCCAGAUCUCUGUCAAAGGACCUGUCAAAAGUUUCACCCAGGCUGAUAUAAAUAAAGGGCAAGUUGUGUACAGUCACAAGAAGGGAGAUCCUGGUGGAAAUUUUGCCUUCACCUUUGAUGUGAUCGAUGCAGAUGGCAACAAACUGAUGGACCAGUUUUUUUAUAUUCGUAUUUUAGAGGACAGAUUCCCCCCUUCCAUCACUGCUAACAAAGGGCUGGUUUUGGAUGAGAACUCGACGAAGAAGAUCACAACCCUGCAGCUCUCUGCCACCGACCAGGACAGCGAACCGGCCCAGCUCCAGUACAGGCUCACCAAGCAGCCGCAGCUGGGGCACCUGGAGCAUGUGGCCUCCCCAGGGACAAGAAUUAGUUCUUUCAGCCAGGCAGACUUGGCCUCUCGCAGCAUCCAGUAUGUCCACACAAGUGACGUUGAAAAGCAUACAGAUGCCUUCACCUUUUCUGUGUCUGAUGGGACAAACGAGGUGAGCCAAACGUUUGACAUCACCAUAAACCCCGUGGAUGACUCCUUACCUGUAGUGCAAAGCCUGGGGAUGAGAGUUCAGGAAGGUGUGAGAAAAACCAUCACAGAGUUUGAGCUUAAAGCAACAGAUGCUGACACAGAGGCUGAGUCAAUUACAUUCACGGUCGUGCACCCCCCUCGCCAUGGCCUGAUCGAGCGCAGCAGCAAUGGGCAGCGGUACCACCCCACCACCACCUUCACGAUGGAUGACGUCUACCAGAACCGCAUCAGCUACAGUCACGACGGCAGCAACUCGCUGAAGGAUCGCUUCGCUUUCACCGUGUCUGAUGGGACCAAUCCCUUCUUCGUUGUGGAGGAUGGAGGGAAGAAGGUUGUGACAGCAGCACCGCAGCGCUUCAAAGUGGACAUUCUCCCUGUGGAUGACGGGACACCCAGGGUUGUCACCAACCUGGGUUUGCAGUGGCUGGAGUACAUGGAUGGCAAGGCAACCAAUCUAAUCACUAAGAAGGAAUUAUUAACGACAGAUCCCGACACAGACGACAAACAGCUGAUCUAUGAGAUAACAAAUGGUCCCAGAAAUGGUUAUGUGGAGAACAAGAUGAAGCCAGGAACAAUGGUGACCACCUUUACUCAGGAGGAUGUGAACCAGGGCCUCGUUCGGUACGUGAUGCAUGAGGAGAAGGUUCAGGAGACCAUGGACAGCUUUCAGUUCCUAGUGAAGGACAGCAAACCCAACGUGGUCAGUGGCAAUGUCUUCCACAUCCAGUGGUCUCUCCUCAGCUUUACCUCCACCAGCUACGAUGUCAGUGAGAGUGCAGGCUCCGUGAGCGUCACCGUGCGGCGGAUCGGUAACCUCAACCAGUACGCCAUCGUCUUGUGCCGCACAGAGCAGGGAACGGCCACCUCCAGCUCCGGUUCACAGCCUGGAGAGCAGGACUACGUGGAGUAUGCAGGGCAGGUGCAGUUUGAGGAGCGGGAGGACACCAAGGCCUGCACCAUCGUCGUUAACGAUGACGAGGUCUUUGAGAGCACGGAGAGUUUCACCGUGGAGCUCAGCAUGCCAGCCUACGCGCUGCUGGGGAAUGUCACCCGGGCCACGGUCACCAUCACCGACGCAGAGGAUGAGCCCACCCUGCAGUUCGACAGGAAGACGUACCACGUCAGCGAGAGUGCCGGUGUUCUCUCCGCUCCUGUUGAAAGAAAGGGGGAUACGGGCAGCACCGUGUCUGCUGUCUGCUACACCGUCCCCAAAUCCGCCAAGGGAAGCAGCCCUUACAUGCUGGAAUCCGGCUCCGACUUCAAGUCCAGGGGGAUGACGGAUGACAGCCGCAUAGUUUUUGGACCGGGCGUUAGCGUGUCGACGUGCGAUGUCACGCUGAUCGAUGACAGUGAAUACGAAGAGGAGGAGGAGUUCGAGAUUGUGUUGGCUGAUGCUUCAGAUAACGCACGCAUUGGCAGCCGGGCUUCAGCCAGCGUCUUCAUCGGGGGUCCCAACGAUGCCUCUACGGUGUUCCUGGGGAACGCUACUUUUGCUGUCAGUGAGGCUGCAGGAAACAUUGAAAUUCCAGUCCUACGGCAGGGACCCGAUCUCUCAACCCCCGUCUCAGUGUGGUGUGCCACUCGGGCGUCAGACCCUCCGUCUGCCAGCCCGGGAAUCGAUUAUAUCCCCAGCUCCAGAAAAAUAGAAUUCAGGCCAGGCAAGACAGAAGAGUUCUGCACUCUGACAAUCCUGGAUGAUGCUCAGUACCCAGUGAUAGAAGGGCUGGAGACAUUUGUUGUUUAUCUCAGCUCACCCCACGGAGCAGAGCUAACAAAACCCUUCCAAGCGAUCGUAGCCAUUAAUGACAUCUUCCAAGAUGUGCCAAGCAUGCAGUUCACCAAGGAUGCGUUCACGGUGAAGGAGAAGGAGGGUACUCUGCACAUCCCCAUCUUCCGCACUGGCGACCUGAGCUAUGAGUCCUCUGUCAGGUGCUACACCCAGAGCCAGACCGCAGAGGUCACGGAGGACUUUGCAGAGAGGAGAAAUGCAGAGGAGUCCCGCAUCACUUUCUUGAAAGGGGAGAAGGUGAAGAACUGCAGUGUUUACAUCAGUGAUGACUCUGCCUUUGAACCAGAGGAGCAGUUCCAGGUCUACCUUGGAAGCCCACUUGGAAACCAUUGGAGUGGAGCUAGGAUUGGGAAGAUGGAUGUGGCAACCAUAACUGUCACCAACGACGAAGAUGCACCCACCAUUGAGUUUGAAGAAGCUGCGUACCAAGUGCGGGAGCCGCCUGGCCCGGAGGGCGUUGCUGUUUUAAAUAUCAAGGUGGUCCGCAGAGGGGAUCAGAACAGGACCUCAAAAGUCCGCUGUAGCACCCGGGAUGGCUCAGCUCAGGCCGGAGUGGAUUACUACCCCAAGAGCCGAGUGCUCAAAUUCAGCCCAGGUGUGGACCACAUCAUAUUUAAGGUGGAGAUCAUGUCCAAUGAAGACCGAGAAUGGCAUGAGUCCUUUUCUCUAGUGCUGGGUCCAGAUGACCCAGUGGAAGCUGUUCUCGGAGACACCAGCACUGCAACAGUGACUAUUUUGGAUCAAGAGGCAUCGGGGAGCCUGAUCCUACCAGCGCCUCCAGCGGUCGUCACCCUGGCUGAUUAUGACCGUGUGGAAGAAGCGACCAAGGAUGGUGCCAAGAAAUCCCCUUCCCCGGGCUACCCGCUCAUCUGUGUCACUCCCUGUGACCCUCACUUCCCCAAGUACGCGGUCAUGAAGGAGCGCUGCGGCGAGGCUGGGAUCAACCAGUCAUCGAUACAGUUCAGCUGGGAAGUAGCAACCCCCACGGAUGGGAACGGGGCCAGGACACCUUUUGAAACAAUCACCGACAACACGCCAUUCACCAGCGUCAACCAUAAGGUGCUGGACAGCAUUUAUUUCAGCCGGCGCUUCCACGUGCGCUGUGUGGCCAAGGCUGUGGACAAAGCUGGCCAUGCGGGCACCCCCCUGAGGAGCAACGUCGUCACUAUAGGGACAGACAGUGCCAUUUGCCACACUCCCGUAGUCGCGGGGACAGCCCGAGGUUUCCAGGCACAGUCGUUCAUUGCCACUCUGAAGUACUUGGAUGUCAAACACAAGGAGCAUCCCAACAGGAUCCACAUCUCGGUGCAGAUCCCUCAUCAGGACGGUAUGCUGCCCCUCAUCUCCACCCUGCCACUGCACAAUCUGCAUUUCCUGCUCUCCGAGUCUAUCUACAGACACCAGCACGUCUGCUCGAACCUGGUCACCAUCAGAGACCUUAAAGGCAUCUCUGAGGCAGGGUUCCUGGACGAAGUAACGUACGAUAGCAUCGUUCUCGGCCCUGGCUAUGACCGCCCUUACCAGUUCGACCCCACAGUGAGAGAGCCAAAGACAAUCCAGCUCUACAAGCACCUCAACCUGAAGAGCUGCAUUUGGACCUUUGAUGCUUAUUACGACAUGACUGAAUUAAUUGAUGUCUGCGGAGGCUCCGUAACAGCGGACUUCCAGGUACGGGACUCUGCUCAGUCCUUCUUAACCGUCCACGUCCCUCUCUACGUGUCCUAUAUUUACGUGACAGCACCGAGAGGUUGGGCUUCUCUUGAGCAUCACACAGAGAUGGAGUUCUCCUUUUUCUACGACACUGUUCUCUGGAGGACAGGGAUUCAGACGGACAGCGUCCUUUCAGCCCGACUGCAGAUAAUCAGGAUCUACAUCCGUGAGGACGGCCGGCUGGUUAUCGAGUUCAAGACCCAGGCCAAGUUCAGAGGGCUCUUUGUGAUGGAGCACCACAGCCUGCCCGAUGUGAAGUCAUCUUUAGUGACUCCAGACCACCUGGGAGGGAUCGAAUUUGACCUGCAGCUGCUGUGGAGCGCUCAGACUUUCGACUCUCCCUACCAGCUCUGGAGAGCAACCAGCUCCUAUAACAGGAAGGACUACUCUGGAGAGUACACAAUAUUCUUGAUCCCCUGCACUGUGCAGCCCACGCAGCCGUGGAUAGAGCCUGGAGAUAAGCCCCUGCCCUGCACGGCUCACGCUCCCGAGCGAUUUUUGAUCCCGAUUGCCUUCCAGCAGACCAACCGCCCAGUUCCCGUUGUCUACUCCCUAAACACGGAGUUUCAGCUCUGUAACAAUGAGAAGGUGUUUCUGAUGGAUCCCACCAAAUCCGAAAUGUCUCUGGCAGAAAUGGAUUACAAAGGGGCUUUUUCAAAGGGGCAAAUCCUGUAUGGCCGCGUGCUCUGGAACCCCGAACAAAACCUGAACGCCGCUUACAAACUGCAGCUGGAGAAGGUCUACCUGUGCACGGGCAAGGAUGGCUACGUGCCUUUCUUUGACCCAACGGGAACCGUCUAUAACGAGGGGCCCCAGUAUGGCUGCAUUCAACCCAACAAGCACCUGAAACACAGAUUUCUCCUCUUGGACCGAAACCAGCCCGAAGUGACAGAUAAGUAUUUCCACGAUGUGCCUUUUGAUGCGCACUUUGCUUCUGAGCUGCCCGAGUUUCAGUCAGUGAGCAGCAUGCCCGGAGUCGACGGAUUUACUCUGAAGGUGGAUGCUCUCUACAAGGUGGAAGCUGGGCAUCAGUGGUACCUUCAGGUCAUCUACAUCAUCGGCCCGGAGAGCAUCGCAGGGCCUCGCGUUCAGCGCUCCCUGCCUCACCACGUGAAACGCAGCCGCAGGGACGUGGUGGACGGCAACGGGAGGCUGGUGCUGGACGACUCCUUGAUCUACGACAACGAGGGCGACCAGGUCAAGAACGGCACCAACAUGAAGUCACUGAUCCUGGAGAUGGAGGAGGCCGUGGUCGCAGCCUCCUUAUCGCAGACAGGCGCGUCCCUCGGGAGCGCGUUCGCUGCCGUCAUGCUGCUGGUGCUGGUGCUUCUGGGAGUCUGCCUCGUCACCAGGAGGUGUCGGAAGCUGCAGAGGAAGCGAGAGGCUGCCCGAGCUGCCCCGGAGGAGCAUCCCCUGAACACCAAGGUGGAGCUGCCCAAGGGCACGGAGAAGGUGGUGAACAGCCAGUACUGCACCGUGAGGAACAUCAACAUAUUGAGGGAAACGGGGGGCGUCUCCAGCCUGAAAGGUAGGAAGGUGAAGCAGGUGAACUUAGAAGUCAAAGUCCACAACAACUUGCACGACGGAACAGAAGUUUAA